GGCCCGGCUGGAAGCGCGCAGGCGCCGUAGCGCGGGGUGCGGCUCAGCCGGGUCGUGUGGCGGCGGGCGCGCGAAGAUGGCGGCGGCGGCGGCUGCGGCUGCGGAGCAGAGUUCCAAUGGUCCGGUGAAGAAGUCCAUGCGUGAGAAAGCUGUGGAGAGGAGGAACGUUAAUAAAGAGCACAACAGCAACUUUAAAGCUGGCUAUAUCCCAAUCGACGAGGACCGGCUCCAUAAGACAGGACUGAGAGGGAGAAAGGGAAAUCUAGCCAUCUGCGUCAUUAUCCUCUUGUUCAUCCUGGCCAUCAUCAAUUUAAUUAUAACGCUUGUUAUCUGGGCGGUGAUUCGCAUUGGACCGAAUGGCUGUGACAGCAUGGAGUUUCAUGAGAGCGGGCUGCUCCGGUUCAAGCAGGUCUCUGACAUGGGAGUCAUACAUCCGCUCUAUAAGAGCACGGUGGGAGGAAGGCGGAACGAAAACCUGGUUAUCACCGGCAACAACCAGCCCAUUGUUUUUCAGCAAGGAACAACAAAGCUCAGUGUAGAAAAGAACAAAACAUCUAUUACAAGUGACAUUGGCAUGCAGUUUUUCGACCCUCGAACUCAGAACAUCUUAUUCAGCACAGACUACGAAACUCAUGAGUUUCAUUUGCCAAGUGGAGUGAAAAGUUUGAAUGUUCAAAAAGCAUCGACUGAAAGGAUUACCAGCAGUGCUACUAGUGACUUAAAUAUAAAAGUUGAUGGGCGUGCUAUUGUACGUGGAAAUGAAGGCGUGUUCAUCAUGGGGAAGACCAUCGAGUUUCACAUGGGUGGUAAUAUGGAACUGAAGGCGGAGAACAGCAUCAUCCUAAACGGGACCGUGAUGGUCAGCCCCACUCGCCUGCCCAGCCCCUCCGGGGCCGACCAGUUUGGUAGCAGUGACUGGGUGCGCUACAAGCUGUGCGUGUGUGCCGACGGGACCCUCUUCAAGGUGCUGGUGACCAGCCAGAACAUGGGCUGCCAGGUCUCCGACAACCCUUGCGGAAACACUCACUAGAAGAGAGAGCUUGGCAGGAUUCUCAGGCCUCGACUUUCUAAAGAGCGCAUGCAAAUCAUGUUUUUACAGAGUUCACGAUAACUCCAGAGUAUUUUCCGAGUCCCCUGCAGAUCGCGAUUGUGUACCUUUUAUGUGUCUCCAUAUUUAAAAGGGCCUAUAUGGUAAUAGGUCUCCGUAAGUUUCACCUUAACUUCAAAUUAAAGAUCUCUAAAAUAAUUAUCAGAAGUACCUAGGUCAGCCAAAAUUAAAUUUGUAAAAGAAGUGUAUUUAAAAUCCCACAAAUCCUGGGGUUCAAGCUCUUGCCGUGCACGCAGCUGACCUGGUUCAGUCACUGGCACCACCCAUGGUCCCCUGAGCAUAGAGCCAGGAGUGAACCUUGAGUGUGGCCAAAGCUUCCUCACCACCAAUGAAGACAGUCCCACAGUUGCUCGGGCCGGAGAGAGCUGGAUGAACUGAGCUCACGCUUUGCGCCCUGGAGGCCUGAGUGAGACCCCGGCACCGAGUGCUCCCGAAGCCCAGCCAAGCUUAACCCUCGAGCACUGACAGGCGUGGCCCAAAAUAUAAAUAAUGUAGAAAUAAAAUGCCACAGUUCUUUGCCUGAAGGAUAAAGGGCUGAGGCAGUUGCUUAGAUUCACUGUUCUUUUUUAGUAACUAGUGGCUCUAGGCCCACUCACGAUGUUGAAACGGUACACCAUUGAGAAAUGUUACACGCACUGUCUCGGCUUCUACUAAGAAACACAGAUUUUACGGCACCAACUUUCAGCCACAUUCCCACAUGCCAGUGACGUCACCAAAGAUCUUCCUGGUUGUGGAAUGGCAGGAGACUGGUUGCUUGGUUUUGCACAAGGAAAAAUAAUACGCUCUAAAAGGAUGUUUCCUUGAGUUAUAAUAAGCCUUAAGUGUUCACAUUCUGAUAGAAAAAUGUCAUAUUUAAUUUUUAAUUAUAACUUUUUUUUUCUUUUAGUGGUGCCAGGGACCCAACCCAGGGUGGCAUCCUACAUGCCAAGCAUGUGCUCUGCCACUGAGUUUGGUCACUAGUCCCUGGUCGUAGCUGUCAUUUAUUAAGUAUUUUAUACAUUUAAGCGUUACGUAGGCUUUGCAUGUCGCUCUUUUCCGCACAGCUCUGAGACUAGGUGUGAUGAGCCCAGCUGCGCCCUCAGGAAGCAGGAUCAGCGAGGCUCAGAGACUUUCUUGCCUCGGUGACACAGGCAGUGGCAGUGUCGAGGACUGGAAUUCUUCUGUGAUUUAAACUUAGUUACACUUGCUUGCAAAUAUGAUGUUCCCCAUCACUGCACUGAAGUUUUCAUUAUUUAAAACACCAGGAAGGGGCCAGAGCGUUGGCACUUGCCUUGUCUGGGACCGACCAGGGCUGUCCCUCGCAUCCGAUAUGGUCAGUCCCCCAGGCACUGCCAGGAGUGGAGUGAUUCCUUAGUGCAGUGCCAGGAGUAAGCCCCGGGCAUGGCCAGUUGUGACCCAAAGAGACAGAAGAAAACGAAACACCAGGAAGGUAAACAAAGACUACUUUGAACUCACCUAAGCAGGUAAGAAUCAAAACAGUGUUCUAGUUGAAAGAAAAGAAAUCAACCGUGUAUCAAAGAAACGAAUGAUCACUGUCUCAUUUUAAACUAUCCUACGUCAGUUCCUCAAUAUGACGUGGGCUAUAGAGAGUCAAACGGCUUCGCUGUGCUCACGCCAGUCUCCCGGCUGAUGGACGUGGCGCACCCGGGACAGCUGAAUGUGUGAAAUCUCUCCCCUCAGCCCUCCAGGAAGCAGGGGGAAGAGAGCAGGCCAGGGCUCCAGACAGGUGCCCCGGGUGCCCUACUGACCCCCUCUCUUUUAUGGGCGCCCUGUUAUUAGGAAACACUGUGGGAGUUGAUCUGUGCUCCUUAUGUCACCUUUGUAAUGAUUUGUGACUCAUGCCUUUUUAUUUUCAGUGUAUUUUGUAUUUGACUUUCAGGAAACUCUGGCAUCAUUAAGACAUAUCGUAACAUCAGGAACAGAGAGCUGCGAGUCAGAGGCCCCGCCCUGCAUUCCAGGGUGAGCCUGGGCCCUGUGCUCAGGGAGCCAUCCUGGCAGUGCUCGGGAAACCUCCCAGGUGACAGGAACCAAACCAAGCACAUGAUCCCCGCCCCUUGUCUCUGGCCCUGUCACGGUCACUUUGGUGUAGAUAAGAAAAGCAACCAAAAACUAGUUUGCUUUCAGUAUUGUCAUUUCUCACUGAUUGUAAGAAAAAAAAAAAAGUUUCAGAUGUCUCAGAAAUUUCAAGUACUCUGCAGUACAUUGAUGUCAAGGUUGGUUUACUGCUUACUGCUGAUUGUCGCUCUGAAAUGAAGGAAAAGAGGAUGAAAUUCAUGACCUUUGAGUGUAACUUAUAAAUUGUAAUAUUCAGAACCCUUUUGAAUGUGUUCAGUAUUGUCUGUAUCUGAAUGAUAUUCAGGGAAAAAAGUCCAUUGGAAUUUUCAGGUGAUGAGUAUAUUUUUAAAUUGUAUAUUCAUUCCUCGUUCACUCUAUUUAGAUAUGUUUUGAGGGUUUUUUUUUUACUGAAACCACAGAAUUCUAUGUUUCAAAGUAUUAUUUAUUAAAACAAUACUAUUAUUCAUGAAAUAAUCUAUUUUUACUCCUCUUUGAGAAAUACUUGUUUUGAUACAUCUUCAUUAAGUGCUUUUGACACGAGAGGCUCUUUUGAUGUUUUUAUAGAAGUGAUUGUUGAAGAAACAGGUAUAGUAUCGUCGGGCACUUUACAGGUUCGUAGGUCUUGCUUGUCCCCUAAAUGUUCACCUGGAAAAUUCCUGGGAAGCAGAACCAUAACAGCCUAUCCGUUUGACCUGUCACUUCUUUUUCCUGUCAGUCAAGCCUUAGCUACUCACUCUCACCACCAGAUGGUAUUUUCCUAGACCCUCAAAGGGUUGCUGUUUUUUUUCCUCCUCCCUUGAACUGAGCAUGGGUGUGAUGAGCUUCCGGCUUGGGGUGGGGAGGUAGAUCAUGAAGACAGAUUCCAGGAAGAGAGGGCAGGGCAAGGUAUACAUGCUUGUUUGCAAAGGGGAUAGAUGAAAUGAAGGCAAGAUGUUUUAGAGGCUCUCUAAUGGGCUGAUUUUUUAAAAAUGCAGAAUGACCCAAAGAACCAUUACUGAUCUAUCAUAUUUAAAAUAUAUAUAUAUUUGUAUUCUUUUUGCAUUAUGCAAAACAAAUUUAUUAUUUUGGCGAUAAGAUUAUAAACAUUCUAGCUAGUUUUGAGUGUUGUUCUUUAAGAGGGUGAGAAUGUUAAGGUGCUAAAAAAAUUAAAAAGAGAUUGACCAUUGAAAUACCAAUUACUUUUAGCAGUGUUUUUUGAAGUGUUGAUGGGGCAAAGAUUACAAAUAAUGCCAUGUUAAACAUGAACCUGUAAUUCUAUUUUGGAUUGCUAACAUGAGCUUUGGUUAAUUCCGUUUGUAAUAACUAUUAAUGACCUCUGUUUACAAUAAAGAUUCUGUAAAUUG